UGCUCGGCUCUCUGCGCAGCGUUUCGUGGCGGAGGGCAGCGGCGGGUCACCAGCGGCUCGGAGAGAGAAACGCAGCGGAGCCGCACAUCCACACACAGCCCGCAGCGAACACGCAGACACAGGCGAGCAGAGAGUCAAAAUCAUGAACCCUGUCUACAGCCCUGCACCAACAGGGGUUCCUUAUGUCAACCCUAAAGGAAUAGGAUACCCAGCUGGGUUUCCUGUUGGCUAUGCAGCGGCUGCCCCUGCGUAUUCUCCCAAUGUGUACCCUGGAGGUAACCCAGCUUUUCCCACAGGCUACGCUCCAGGAACACCAUUCAAAAUGUCCUGCUCCCCAACAACAGGUGCUGUGCCUCCCUACUCUUCAUCACCCAACCCCUACCCUGCUGCUGUGUACCCUGUGAGGAGCUCCUAUCCUCAGCAGAAUCCCUAUGCUCAGCAGCAAGGCACUUACUACACACAGCCUCUGUAUGCUGCUCCUCCCCAUGUAAUUCAUCAUACUACAGUUGUUCAGCCCAAUGGCAUGCCAGCAGCUAUAUAUGCUCCUCCCAUCCCUCCUCCCCGUCCUAAUGGAGUCGCCAUGGGAAUGGUAGCAGGCACCACUAUGGCAAUGUCCGCUGGGACUUUAUUAACAACUCACUCCCCAAGUCCAGUAGCUCCCCACCCAGUCACAGUGCCCACAUAUCGACCCCCUGGCACACCCACCUACAGCUAUGUGCCCCCUCAGUGGUGAACAGGUGGCACUGUCAGAAGAUGGUAGAUAUGCAUUCGCACAGUCCAGUAUUUUACAGUUACAGUUGGGGCUGAUGCCACAUGUGUUUCCAGCCAGUUGUUCUUCCUUCCAAGCAUAAUGUGAAUCUGAACCCAGUUGGCAGAAGAGAGAAAAUUGUGGAAUGAGAAUGAGCACCUUUCCAUUCCGACUACAUUUGUUAGCAUUACUCAUGUGUUCUACGGCAUAUCUCAUAUCAGAAGACUAGCUCUUCACGCAGCCUUGUGUUUUGUGGACUGUCUUGCAGUUUUUAUAGCAUUUAACUCUUAAAGUGGUAAAAGGAGAGGGGAAAUGAAAUUAGUUUGUGUUUGGAAACCACGUCGAAUUGAAUGCAUGCAUAUACUGAAAAUGAUAAUGCUAGCUGAAUCUACCUGCCGUGAUUGAUGCAAACUUAUCAGAACAUUACCAGAAGCAAAAUCCAAAGGAUUAGGGGGAGAAAAGCAACUUCACAUUUCAAAUGCAAUGUCUUUAUUGUUAUUUAAUAGAAAAUAUAAUUGCAUUCAUUGUCAAAAAAGACAAGUGUUUUAAAAUCCUUUGCCUUUUUUUGGUUUUAACUUGGAUUUUUGAUUUUUGUAAGUGUAACUUACAUUUCUAUCUGGGCAACACAUGUUGCUCUUCUGCCACUUUGUAUUUGGAGGUGGGAUUGGGUAUUUUUGAUUUAGUGCCUCAAAUGCAGAUCUCCAUUUCUGUUCUGAUUAGUUGAUCAUUCCUCAUGAAUUAUCUGGCUACAGAUAAUUGUUGCACAUAUUUGCCUGUAUGUGUAUAUAGAUUGGUUGGUUGAGCUGCUGAACAAUACUCCUGUAUUGGUGCUGAGAGCAUGCUUACUUUACUGUUUCUUUUUCUUUUCUUUUUUUUUUUCUUAAGUUUGGAUAUGUUAAAGGUCUGGCUGAAAGAGUGACAGUGGAAUCAUUGCUAACGUAACACAUUUUGAAAUGUAAAACUGAUUUAUGUGGUCGAUUUAUAACUCAAACAUGUUUGAUAACACUACUGAGUACAUAGUAACUUAUGAGUUAUUUGGUUAAGAACAUGAAAAGAAACUUCUAUUGCUUGUUACCUCAAGGUUGCACCGUUACUGACUGAAUUUCAUUGUCUUUUUACUUCUUCAUAUAUAUAUAUAUAUUGCCUAUGUCAUCUUGGUUAAAGAAUGUUUUGUAAUGUUUUUUGUGUUUUCGUUUUGUAUUUUCAAGAAAGACCAAAAAUAAAUACAAUAAGUGAA